ACAGGAUGUUGAUAACUUUUAGCGCAUGCGCAAUGCGUGGCUGAACGGGAAGGUAGCCUACGAAAUUUUUUAAAAUGGAUUUUCUUAAUAGCCUUUAGAUGUCUAGGCCCCGUUGGAAUAUUAGCUAAUCUUAAAUAAUUUCUUCAUAUUCUAUUCUAUGCAAAAAUAUUCUGGAAAUCUUUUCUCAUAAAAAGAAUAAGAAGACAAAAAAAUUAAGGUAAACUUGGUACAGGCAAUUAGGCAAUGCGCACGACUUUAUUUAAUCAACAGGUGAACGCAGUCGCUUUAAUUAUUGCAUGCCGCCUUUUCAACGCACGCCCGCCCGCAUGUUGUAAAGCUCUCUGUGAUGGAUGAAACAUAUAAUGAGCAAGUGUGCUGUAUAAACCCACCUGUUGAAACAAUAAUCAAAACAAAUAUGCCCUCAAACCCUAACGAUUCAAUCGUUAAAAGGAAACCGAUUGGUUUAGCAAUCGAUAAUGAAUCGUUCGAAAAAGUAAAUAAGCAUCGACGUAGUUCUGUGCCAACCACGCCCUCAGCUCCUGACAUCGUCAUAACGAGUGCAAUGAAUGGUGGAAACGACUCUUCGUCCGAGCAUGAACAACGCCGACCCAGAGCUAGAAGUUCAUCCGUCCAAGUUGCGAGCGAAGUGUCCAAUAUUGAGUUACGUGAAGAGCUUAUAGCUGCUCGCCAUGAAUUGGAACGACGAAUAGCGAAAAAUGAAGAAUUAGAACGGGUUCAAGAGCAAAUGAAUGGGGAAGUAACAGAGUUAACAGCCUCUCUAUUCGAGCAAGCAAAUAAAAUGGUUCAGGAAGCUAAUGUUAAAAGGAUGCAAACUGAAAAUGAACUAAAAGCCGCUAACAAUAAAAUAGAAAUGUUACAAGCCGAAGUCUCCGCCUUGAAAGCCCUCGUAAUUACUUCAACUCCAGCAACUCCAAAUAAACACUUACAUCCUCAAUUGGAUGCAUCAGCCCAAGCCUCUCAAAAACAGGCUACACCGAACAAAUUUGCCAAGAAAAGUGGUUUUGUCAAAACUCACCGAAGAUCGACAAGCCAUCAUCAAUUUACUCGUGAUGAAAUGUCAGCCGUUAAUAUUAACUUGAUUAAGCCUAGUUCAGAGGCAAAUAGAGAACAAAAUGCCAAUGAAGAAAAUCGUAACAAUGAAGAUUGGGGUAUCGAUCCAGUAUACUUUGAUGAGUUUAACAAUUGGAAAAAAUCUCCUAAAUUAGACGAUCGUAACACAUUUCUCGGUCGAAUUGCAGACGAAGAUAUUCUACCAUGUUUAGAUUUUGCAAACAAUAAAUUAUCUCAAAAUAUACACUGGGUAUGUUAUUAUUUAUAGAGAGGAAUGUUAAAUGAGAAUUUGAAAAAAAAGUAGAAUUGCAAUUGACUUUUGUUUUCCUUUCCUCCUUAGUCAAUUAAGAAAAACACGAUGGCAAUAGAACCAGUACCGGACAGAAAUCCCCUGCCCAGAAUGUGUUCGUUAACUGAAAGGAAUAAUAUUUGCAAAUACAGAGUUCGGUUAGGAGAUAACGAAGAAUGGCAUUAUGUUUCCAAAUUGGCUAGAAAUAGGAUAGCCGCCGUUGCUGAUUUCUACACUUACAUUCGUUAUAUAACAUUGGGCCUAGUGAAAAGUCAAGAUGCAGAAAUGUUUCAACAUGUAAUGAAACUCCGAAAGCAGAUGUGUGUUGCACGUUUAGGUUACACCAUUUAGAAACAGGCUUUAUUAUUAGAAUACUCACAUGUUUGUGCCAAAGUUUUUCUACUUAACUUCUUAUUUCAUGAGAUAAAAAGACAAAAUAUGAGCUUUGUUUCCUUUCACAAAAGAAUUAUUAACUAGAUUUUGCUAAAAUUUUCUAGUCGUAAUGGUGCGUAAUCUUAUUUUUUUAUCAAAAAGAAACAGCAUAAAUUACAAACAACAAUAUUUUUUAGAUAAACUAGAUAGAAUUUUGUAUGCUAGUAUUUACUUAAAACUUGCUUAACCAUUGGCAUAUUUAAAACAAAGUUAAUAGCACAUGUGUCGCAUUAUUGUCGAUUAAACCAUUGGACAAUUUCAACAUAAUGUACUAACCAAAAUUUUUACAUCUGCUCUAUUCAAAUUCGUAAUCGUGUGAAGUCUCUUGAGUAUGAUUAAUUAAUUGUUCUUUAUGUAAUCCAAUUGUACUUUUUAUUUCACUUUUUUUCAUGAAAAUUGAAGAGCCUUUUUACAUUAAAUAAUGUUAUCAUCCUGUUACGAAAGGUCUUAAUGAACUAUGUCGAACUUAAUGACUGCACUUUCCACCUUUUAUAUUACCUAAUCUUGCCGCUAUAUUCGACUUUCAUCUAGUUUUAAAAAGCAUUUAGAGAAAAAUUGCACAAAUUUCGAGAAAGCAUGUUAAUAAUGCUCUUCUUGGCAAGAUUCGGGCGUCUUCGAGUGCCUUCUAAAGUGCCAUCGAAUGAUCAUUCUGCUUCAUAAAAACAAGUUGGAAUUUCAAAGCGUUAAAGAUUUUGUGACUAAGCAAAUUAUCACCGUAUUCUUUGCCUUUGCAUGACAGGAUAAUUUCUCCCACCUAAAGAAAACGAUUCAAUUAGACUAUAUUAUAUAAUACAAAGAAUGGAAUUUAAUUAACAUUUUUUACCUCAUCGUUUAUUCCCAAACUCUCACUUAAAAAAAAGAAGAUAGACAUUCUACAUCCGUUUUAUAAGCAUAUCGACGUAUUAUCUAAGCUGAGUCAUGAUAUUUUCAAACUUUGAAUUACCCAAUAUAGAACAAAACAAUAACAAUAAAAGAACAAUACACUCAGGAAAUAAUAGAGAUAAGGAGCUAAAAGGAAAAAAAAAGCAACUUAUAAGUAAACAAAGAGACAGUAUAUUAUGAAUGUUAUUAAAUUAAUAAUAAAAAAUCUAUUCUAUGUAUUUAUUCUAUAGAAAUUAUGCUAAUUAGAUAAAUUUAUUUGCAGUCUUUUAAAGUAACAUAUAAGAAAGGGAAUCAAAAAAUAGAGAAUUGUAUUGCAGAGAAAACCAUAGUUAAUUUGACGCCUUGUAUAAGGAUUGGAGAUUCAAAAGAGGAAAUAUUCUUUAAGGCAAUGUCAGCUAUACAUAUAACUAAAGAUGAUAAGGAUAAUAGAUUGAUCAAAUUUGGGAUGCCAGUUAGUUUUCCUUCUCCUCUGUUUGAUAUAUUUUACAUAAAUAUAUAUAAAUAUCUGCGUCAUACAAACUAAAUAUAUAUUUAUUAUUAUAUUUUUUUUAUGAACAAAAUAGGAUAAUGAGUUCCAUCUUAAAUUUAAGAAUGAAAGAGAUGCUGAAAAUUUCUAUAAACUUGCCAUUAAAGGUUACAAUUACGUUUUCUUACGUUGCUGCCGAUAGUUGACUUAUUUCUUUUUUUUUUUCUGUCCUAUAUACUAUGUAAAAUACAGACUCCGGGCCGACUAUCACUUUUAGCUUUACCAAUCUUCGUGUAGCUUGCUUUGAUUUCUUCGGAGAGAUAAAGGAAUAAAGUAUUAGUUUCGCUGAUUCCUUCGAUAAAAUGACUGCAUUUCCAUGUUUUUAUUAGAAAACGAAUAUCCUAGAAUCACAUAUCAUCUUUUGGAAUCUUUGUACAUAGAGAACGUUGAAUUUUGAAAUCGAAUCUUUAAUGAAUAUCUUAAUUAUAAUAUAAAUGUUCUAAAAGCUAACUUAGAAAACAUAACAAUAAAAUCAGAAUGAAUAUAUGUUUAUUAUAAUAUUAAGCGUAUUUGUUUGGAAUUAUUACCCGAAAUUUAGAUAAUAACCCUACUU